AUGGCGGGGCUUGUCUCACCGAAGCCUGUGUCGUACAUGCAACACGCUCUGCAGUACAAUUCCUACCAACGCAGUGCCACAGGCUACACGGACACCAACAGCAUCGCCGCCCUAUCUCAUCCUGUUCACCAGACUGUAGUACCUUUCUCUGGACCCUCCCCGGCAAUGCUUGGAAUGCAUGAGGAGAGCAAAAUCUACAAUCUGGUUAUUGAGCUCCUCGAUUCGAGCACUCGGGAGAGUGCAUUACUCGAGUUGAGUAAGAAGAGGGAGCAGUACGAUGAUCUCGCACUUGUUCUGUGGCACUCUUUCGGUAUUAUGCCUGCUCUUUUACAGGAAAUUGUUUCGGUCUACCCAUUACUAUCGCCGCCUAAUCUGACUGCCCAUGUAUCAAAUCGUGUUUGCAAUGCUCUCGCACUCUUGCAAUGUGUAGCAUCUCAUCCUGAUACCCGACAACUGUUUCUGAAUGCCCAUAUUCCGCUCUUUUUAUAUCCAUUCUUGAAUACGACUUCGAAGACUCGACCUUUCGAGUACCUGCGUCUGACUUCGCUCGGCGUGAUCGGUGCCCUGGUCAAGCAAAAUGACAACAACACCGUCAUUCAUUUCCUCCUCUCCACGGAGAUCAUCCCUCUGUGCCUCCGCAUCAUGGAGACAGGUUCCGAGCUCUCCAAAACCGUCGCCAUAUUCAUUGUGCAGAAAAUCCUGCUGGACGAGACUGGUCUCACUUAUAUCUGUCACACCUACGAACGCUUCUACGCUGUUGGUACCGUCCUCAGCAACAUGGUGAACCAACUCGUCGAUACCCAGGCUGUUCGACUUCUAAAGCACGUCGUGCGGUGUUAUCUGCGGCUGAGUGACAAUCUGAGGGCUCGAGAGGCAUUGAGGGCAUGCUUGCCUGAACCACUUCGUGAUCAGACGUUUAGCGCUCUCCUGAAGGGCGACAUGGUGACCAAGAGAUGCUUGACUACGCUACUGAACAAUCUGAACGAGCAGUAA